AUGGAUUCCCUCGACAAUUCCCACAGGCUUGCAGACGUUUGUGAUAAUAGUCUGGAACGCCCUCGGUCUGAGCCUGUCCCGUCUACGCCUGCGCCCGAUGAGAAGCCCGGAUCUGUCUCCGGCUUGGUCGAAGCCAAGGAUCACCAGCUGUCUGCAGCGACAGCUGUCGCAGACAGCAACGAUGGCGCGUCAAACCGAACAAGCAUAUCUCACUGGGCUGCCGAGCCUGGCUUUGCUCAUAUAGACGGGGAAAUAGGAGGCUCGGGCUACAACGAGACGAGAGUCGACAUCAUCACCGUCCCUUGUCCAGGAGCCGAUCCCCUCGUGACAUGGACUCGAGACCCUCUUCCAGAUGGAUACUUCGGGAACUUUCCCAAAGCGGCUCAUCUAUGGGUUAAGCAGGGCAUCCGUCGGUUUGCCGACACGGCAAGGGUCUUGCUGUACAGACACCGAGAGCUUGUGGAAGGUGUCAGCCUCGACAGUCUCGCACAGGACCUGCUGGAAAAUGUUCUCUUAACACGAGACAGCCAGCAGACGUCACGUCCAAUAUUCUUUAUCGCACAUAGUGUAGGCGGUCUCGUUGUGAAGAGGGCUCUUCUCAUGGCCAGGUUGGACCACAAGUUCCGUACCAUUCUGUAUAAUUGUCACGGCAUAUCAUUCUUUGCAACUCCGCACCGGGGCUCAAGCUAUAUGUCGAUGCCUCAUCUCUCCGAGAGCAUCCAGAGUCUUCUUUGCCUUCGCAGGCCUCUGCCCAGGUCCAUCGCGCGCGAUCUCCGUGUAAACAAUAAGGACUUACUGAAGAUGCACGAGGGCUUUGCCGACAUUGCAAGUGAGAUGCGGAUCUGGACAUUCUACGAGACCAUCGACUCUCAGCUUUCCGGUUCCGGCAUGGGUAUUGCGAACGAGGUUUCCUUCACGGCACCCCUAGUGUCCAUCAAGUCUGCCCUAGUUGGCGCGAGGCAGGAGAUCAUCUACUCUUCCCUUGAGAGCGACCACGCCCACUGCGCUUCCUUCGGCAUCUCGAACCCUCGGACGCUGAGGAACUAUCUGCUCAACUUGGCUGAAGCAAUUGCUAAAGCCGAAACACUAUGCCGGACGACGCAUACACCGCUCAAGCUGAAGGACGUGGUCAAGGUAGAAGUCGUCGGUUUUUACGAGGAUCCGGAUGCCGCUACCGAGUCGGAUGUCCGACUGUACACCACAAAAUAUCACCUCUCUGAUUUUCUUUCCAUAGGCCCAGAAAGAUGCCUGGAGGAGCGCCUGCGACGAGUUCGGCGCCCCGGCUCAGGGGGCCACCCCUUCUCAUCGGACCAUGCUGAUACGGAUCGACUGGGCCGGGGCGUUGUAAAGAAUGUCCAAGAGAAGCGGAGCACGGCAUCUCGGCUGGGGUUGGGCAUCGCACCUAGAAGUCGAUCUGAAAAGCUCAGCAAGUCAUCGAUACUACAAGAACUGAGCGCAGGGUUCUCAAGACCGGACCCAAAUCGGAGGAAAUUCAUGUGGAUUCAUCUGCCGUUUACGAACCCCCUCUGGGACAUCUUCGACAAGCUAUCAGAGACACAUAAGCAGGAUUUCAGCAGACUCUUUGGUAAUGAACACUGGGUAUCAAGGCAUGUUCAAGGCCGACACUCGCAAUCACAGCCUUGCUUCAUUAAACCCGCUGUCAACUUUAUCACCGACGACUCAGCGACCUCACCCCGAGCAUCCCAUUCGAGUAGCACGCCGCCCAGCACUGGCCCGUCGCCAAAGUAUCUCUAUGUGUAUCUGCCAUACCUACAUUUCGAUACAUAUAGGCAUAUGAUCAAACGCAGAAGACUGAUUGAGAAGAGGCUAGCUCAUGGACGUACUAGGCCAGUCCCAGAGGAAAUUGCCAACCUUGACUCCCUAGAACUCCGUGUGAUAUGGGAAUUUCUGGGACAUGACCCCCCUCUAAACGGCCGCCGGACCCUCGACCAGUUCGGCUACCCUUCACUCAAGGAUACACACGCUCGAGACGACGACCAGAUGUUGUACAAGCUCACAAAACAGGAAAAGUUUCGUCCUCCGCCUCCAGCCCCACUCGAUGAUGCUCAAUCGAUAGGAUCUCUGGAGGAUAGGUAUUCAAUCCGAACGAAGCAGCUACAUGAGAUGAUUGAGCGAGACAAGGGCCAUGCUAUGGAUUCCGACUCAGACAGUGAGGCGCUGCUUGGUCUCCGGGAUGGCAAUCUGCUGAUGGUGGAUCAACUUUGGCUCUGGGCCAUUGAUACAACCACCCUCACAACAUUUUUCCCGAAAAGAGAGUCUCGCCCAUCAGAGGGUGCCCUGUUCCAGCAAGCAGACCUCAGGAAUAGUAUCUACCACGAACUCAACGGCGACCUCACGGGACGUUGCGAGAACUCCCUAGACCUCGCCGCCUUUGUUGUCCUCCACGCGGUAACGGUGCUGCUUGAUCGGUCCUCCCACCCCGAUCUCGAGGUUUUUCGUAUUUUUGAAGAGGCCAUAGGCAUGCUGACCGAGCGCAUGACGUCCAACCUCAAGAAGUUCCGCAUGCAGAGUUUCAAGGAAGCCGACCUCGACUCGGAUGAAGAGCCUGAAGACAAUACCGCAGCGUCGAUCAAAAAGAGGCACAAGCGUGAGAUCGAGAGGGCUGAGCGGGAAAACCGAGAGAAUACCUCGGCGCUUUUGGAACUGCGUGACAUGGAGGACGAACUGAAGACCUUUCAUCGGCUGUUCGACACGCAGGUGACCAUGAUCGAAAAGAUGCUUGAUAUGUAUACUGGUGAUAGUCUCAAGGAUCUGACGCACUACGGUCAAGGAUAUUUGAGGGAGGCACUUACCAGACUCGCCGAGUACAAGGCUCAGACGACUGAGAUGCUGGAGCGGGUCACUGCUACCAGGGGAGACUACGAGAAACUCCUGGAGAUGGCCCAGCGCCAAGCGCAGGUCGACGACGUCCGCUGGUCCCGCCUGCAGACCGAGCUGGCCAGCUCACAGAACCUCUCUGUCAUGAUCUUCACCAUCUUCACCGUCAUCUUCCUGCCCUUGUCCUUUUUCACGAGCCUCUUCGGCAUGAACACCCUCGAGUGGGGUGGUGCCGACGCCCAGUACCCAAGCCUGGGCUACAUCGGCGAAAUCAGCCUGCCCGUGUCGGUGUUUAUGAUCCUCGCGACGCUGGUCGCGGCCUUCAGCUCGCACGUCCAGGUGGCCUUCAAGUCCCUGUUUCGCCGGCUGUACAAGGCCUGGGUCUUUGCAACCUACAUGCUGAAGGCGCUGGAGCCGGAGGCGAGCCGCAGGGCGCAAGAGAUCAGGCGGGCAGAGAGGGAGCGCGAGGAGAGGGAGGAGAAGCAGUGGCGGCGGAAGGAGAGGAGCUAUGACUUUUGGGCGACGGUGCGGGCGCAGCGCACCCUUGGUUCGUAUGAGAUUCCGGAUUUGAAUCGGAAUCUUGUCAGGUCGGGAACGACGGGGUUCAGCAGUUCGGCGAACGGAGUUGGACGGGGCUGGGUGAAGCUGAAUCCGUGGGUGAGAAGCACGACAGGAAUAGGAUGA